AUGACGUGCCUGGACCAGGCCCUACUUGAUCCGCAAGCACCGCGCGCUACUAUCACCUCCGUUCCCUGCCGUCCCGCAUUCGCCAUUCGGAGCCACCAUGCGAGUCGCGACAGGUUGGAGCAGCUCUGCUCGCGAGUUACAAACGCCGCCCUCCUUUGCCAUCGAGAUGCUACAUCAGAUCCCACCGGAUAUUCAUAUCCAGUCGACUCGUUCUCAAAGAGAAUGUCAGAUAAUGACGGCUUGCACCUGGAGGGUUCUUCGGAUCCCGUUCUUUGCUUACUCCAAGAAAGUCACGAUCUUGAUGAGUUUGACGGCUUGGGUUGUUUCGCCGUCUCCCUGCCGACGGAAAACGUGCUCGCGACCAGCCUACCCCCUGACGGCUGUCUGUUGGAGUUGACGGCGAGGGGGUUGGAAGACAUUCUGGCGACACGACUUUCGGCAGCCGAUCUGGCAGGAACGUCAGAUUCUGUUCCCGUGCCGACCAGUCGAAUCGCCUGUGAACUUGCCGCUACCGUUGCCGCUGACGUGGGAGAAAACUCGGCCAAUGAGGAUCCCGCCAGCGUGUCGGAUCCCGACAGUGAUUGGAUCAUGCGGUCCCGCGACUGGCUGCUUGAAGCGCGGGAUUCGCUACUGGAACUCAAAUACGAGGGGCUGGACCUUUGGUCGCUCGCCGCGCAGUGCGCCAACCCCUUCCCCCGUUUGCCCUCCUCCGCGCACCUGUGUGAGGGGCCGGGGGGGUUCAUUCAAGCGGUGCAGCUGCUGCUGGCGGAACAGGGGGGGGGAAGAGGGGGGGGAGUGGCGGAAGGCGGAAAGGGAGGGGGAGCGGAUGUGGAAGUGGAGUUGGCGGGUCGUGGUUUGCAGCACCUGUGGUUCGGAAUCACUCUCCGAGGCAAGGCGGCUGUUGGCUCGGCUGCUGUUGGCUCGAUUGUUGGGUCGCCACCUAUUGGUUCGGUUGCAGAGCGGUGGUACAAGGGCAUGGGGGGGGGAGGGGACGGGGGAGUGUAUUGGGUGGGAUGGGUCAAGGAAGAGGGGUGGGAGGAAGGGGAAGAGGAGAGUGGGGAAGAGGAAGGGAAGGCGGAGGAAGAGGAGGGAGAGGGGAGUGGGGAAGAGGAGGGGGAGGACAAUGCGGGGGAGGAGGAGAAUGCAGAGAAGAAUUACAGAAUGGUAGAGGGGAAAGGAGAUCACGGGCAAUUCCUGUGCCAGCUUCCGUCAGGGGGGGCAAAGGCCUGCAAAGCACGGAAGAAGAGGGAGAAGAAGCGGUUUAAGCAGCAGCAGGUGACAGGGCAGGUGCAGCAGCGCUCGCCUCUGCGCCCUGUCAACCAGCAUCCCCCUAUGCUGCCUGCUACUGCCCAUUCUCCCAGCACUGCCGUCCUCUCACCUCUUCCUUCCGCCCACCCUUCCGCCCACCCUUCCGCCCACCCUGCUACACACUCUGCCCCUUACUCUUGCGCCCACUCUGGCCCGCACCCUGCCCCCUCUGCCGCCUCUGGGCAUGCACCCGACUUUGUGCUGGGGCUGCUGGGAAGGCAGGGAGGCGAGCAGGGAGGACGAUGUGUGGAAUCACAAGGGAAGCAGAUUUGUAAUGGUGGUGCGGGUAUCCUGGGCAAGUAUGGUGGUGCAGAAAAGGAGGGGGGAUGCAGUUUUGAUGGCUUAAAGGAGGUGGAAGAGGAGGGAGAGAGAGACGAGAAGGAGGACUGUGCCCUCUGCAGUCCUCUACACAGCUCUGCUUCGUUAGAGUCACCCUCGUUACAGUCAUCCUCGUUACAGGCAUCCUCGUUACAGUCACGCUCGUUACAGGCACAACCUGAGCUGCUCCCACAGUCGAUCGUUUCGCCCCCCAUCAGCUUCCAGGCAGCUUCCUUCCUGUCCCACGGCCACGUGCUGUAUGGCACGGACGGCACAGGAGACUUGACACGUCAUGCCAACGUGGCAGCCUUCGCUGCUGACGUCAUCAGGGCCAGCCACGUGGACUGCCAGGCUGGCAAGGCUGGGAAGGCGGCAGAAGAGAAUGAGGAGACACGGAAAGAGGUGCUGCUGCUGGAUAGCUCAGUGGACUGCCAGGCUGGCGAGUCAGCGAUGGAGGGAGGGGCGGCGAUGGAGGGAUGGGCGGCGAUGGAGGGAGGGGUGGCAGUGGUGACAGCGGACGGCGGGUUGGACAGUUCAGUGGACUGGGACCGACAGGAGGCCGUGCAUGCCCGCCUUGUCUUCUGCCAACUGCACGCCGCGCUCAAGCUGCUGGCGCCAGGAGGCACGUUUGUUCUCAAGCUGCUGGGCGGAUCGCUGCUCUCUACAGCCUCGCUCCUCGCCCUGCUCGCCCUCUCCUUACGCUCCAUCCACCUCGUUCGCCUCCGCUCCUCCCGAGCCUGCAACGCCGAACGUUACGUGGUGGCUCGGGGAUUCAAGGGGAGGAAAGCACCCUCUCAAGCCACCACCUCACAGGGCAUAAAUGCGACCUUUCAACCCUCCCCCUCUUCCUCCGCCAACCCCACUCCUGCCGCCACCUCUCCUGCGUCCACCUCUCCCUCCUCCACCUCUCCCUCCUCCACCUCUCCCUCCUCCACCUCUCCCUCCUCCACCUCUCCCUCCUCCCCCUCUCUCUCCCACAUUCUCCUCGACUUAGACCGCAUAUCACUCCAAUGGGAAUCUCUCCCUCCUCCCCUCUCCUCUCUCCUCGCCCCCGCCCUCACUCUCCCCCUCUCCGACUCCUUCCUCCGCGCCCUCCUCUCCUUUGAAGCAUGCAUGCAGCAGCAGCAGGCUCAGGCCAUGGGGAGAGCGCUGCUUAUAGGGGAGCAGCUUGUAGAGGGAGGAGAGGAAACCCUAAACUCUCCUCCCCUCUCCCCUCUCCUCGCGCCCGCCCUCACUCUCCCCCUCUCCGACUCCUUCCUCCGCGCCCUCCUCUCCUUUGAAGCCUGCAUGCAGCAGCAGCAGGCACACGCCAUGGGGCGCGCGCUGGUUAUAGGGGAGCAGCUUGUAGAGGGGAUACCGAGAGGGCCGGCGAGGAAGACGCCGUUCGCGAUCGUCGCGAUGGCGAGUCAGAAAACGGUGACGACAGUGAUCCGGCUGGUGAUCAACGCGGGCCAGGCGAAACCCGCGCCGCCCGUGGGACCCGCGCUGGGGCAGCACGGGCUGAACCUCAUGGCGUUUUGCAAGGACUUCAACGCGCGCACGCAACACAUCAAACCGGACGUCCCCGUUCCCGCGCUGAUUACUGCAUACUCGGAUCGAUCGUUUGAUUUCAUUAUCAAAUCUCCGCCCACGUCCUACUUCCUCAAGCGGGCGGCGGGUCUAUCUCUAGGCGGCGGGGAGGCGGGGCAUCAGGUGGUGGGGGAGGUGUCGUUAAAGCACGUGUAUGAGAUCGCCAAGAUCAAGCAGCAGGACCCCGGGUGCAGCUACAUCCCUCUCGAAUCCAUCUGUCGGUCGAUUAUAGGAACAGCUAGGUCCAUGGGGAUUCAAGUUAAGAAGACAUUAGAGGUCCCCAGCACUAGCAGCUGA